AUGUGGAAGACACUAUUCCACCCUGCCGGACGUGGAGUCUCCAGCGAAGCGACCUUUAUCGGCCCAGUGCCCGCCUCGGCUAGAUUUAAUGAGAUCGGAGUGCAACAACUGAGCGAUUAUGUGUAUCCUCAGGUUUUCCCAAACAAGGGUCGUAUACCGGACCCGGAAUUGGUUGCGUUAGCGAAGGACCAUCUCGCAAGACACGAACUCCUGGGCAAAUCGCAAAAAGGCGCCGAGCCAAUCGCAUUCGAUUUACCGAAACUUCAUGGCCAGACCCUAGACGAACAUUUUUAUAAGCUUGGAAUGGAUGCGUCGGAGCCCUACUUAUCUUAUGCGAAAUCCUUCGUCGCCGUUAAUUGUCCGGACAAACCGCGCAAGUGGGUGAAUCGCAGUGGAUGGACCAAAUACAACGCGGAUGGCUCUGCGGAACCAGUAGAUGCUCCAAAUGAGUCAAUGAUUACAUUCGACACCGAGGUCAUGUACAAGGAGCAUCCUUUCGCCGUCAUGGCCUGUGCUGCGAGCCCUACAGCAUGGUAUGCUUGGAUAUCCCCGUGGCUGCUCGGCGAAUCGACAAAAAAAGAGCACCUUAUUCCCCUCGGAGAUCCAACUCAACCCCGGAUCGUGGUUGGCCACAACAUUGGCUAUGACCGCGCUCGCGUUUUGGAAGAAUACGAUAUGAAGCAAACACAGAAUUUCUUCCUGGACACGAUGUCCCUCCAUGUUGCUGUCAACGGAAUGUGCUCGCAACAGAGGCCGACGUGGAUGCGACAUAAGAAGAACAAAGCUCUGAGGGACAAGAUCGCAAGCGAGCAUAAUUCGGCCGAGCUGGCUUCAUUGCUUGAAAACAAUAUGUUGAGAGAGGAGGAGGAAGAGUUGUGGGUGGGGAGGAGCUCAGUCAACUCCCUGCGAGAUGUGGCCAAGUUCCAUUGUGACGUGACCAUCGACAAGGCACAGAGAGACUUUUUUGGUGAACUUGACAGAGAAUCUCUGCUAGCAAAAUUGGAGGAACUUGUCGAUUAUUGUGCUGCCGAUGUCGCUAUCACCCAUCGUGUCUACCGCAAAGUCUUCCCCAAUUUCCUAGAGACAUGCCCCCACCCGGUCAGUUUCGGUGCCCUCCGACAUCUGUCUUCGGUCAUACUUCCUGUCAACCAGACCUGGCAGGAGUAUAUCAAAAAUGCUGAAGUAACCUACCACAAACGACUUGAUGAGGUGCAGCGAAAAUUGAAUGAACUGUGCAAUGAAGCUCUGAAUGUCAAAGAUCAACCAGAUGUUUAUGAUAACGAUCCUUGGCUUGGCCAGCUGGACUGGUCCGGCCAGGAGAUCAAAAUGGUUAAAGGGAAGAAAAAGGGUGAUCCUCCCCGCCCUGCCGCGCGCCAGAAGAAACCGGGAAUGCCCAAGUGGUACAAAGAUCUUUUUCCUUCAAGCAACGCGGACAUCAAUCUCACGGUCCGAACUCGCAUUGCUCCCGUUCUCUUGAAAUUGGCAUGGGAUGGUUACCCUCUCAUUUGGUCUGACAAGUAUGGGUGGACCUUCCGAGUUCCCCAUAGUCAGGUGAAGCAAUAUGAAAAUCAGCCAGUUGUUCGGUGCGAUAUGACCGCCGAGGAUAAGAAUGCACAACUUCGAGAAGACCGGAAGAACAUAUAUUUCAAAAUACCGCAUAAAGACGGCCCACAAGCGAGAUGUACCAAUCCUCUUGGCAAAGGGUAUAUGCAGUACUUUGAGCGCGGGAUUCUUUCAUCUCAAUUUGAGCUCGCAAAAGAAGCGUUGGACAUGAACGCUUCCUGCUCUUAUUGGAUUAGUGCGAGAGAUCGUAUCAUGAGCCAGAUGGUUGUCUACGAGGAUCAAAUACAGAACAGUGGCUCUUCAAGUGGAGAUCCCAGUCACAGAGUGGGGUUCAUAUUGCCUCAAAUUAUUUCCCAUGGGUACCAUAACUCGCCGUGCUGUGGAAAACACAUGGCUCACGGCGAGCAACGCCAAGUCCAAUCGGACGUCGACUCCCAGGAGCUAUGGAUUGCUAGUCUCGUCGGAGAUGCUUCUUUCCAACUCCAUGGUGGAAAUGCGAUCGGUUUCAUGACUUUGGAGGGUUCCAAGGCCGAAGGUACAGACUUGCAUUCAAGAAGUGCAUCCAUUCUCGGAAUUUCUCGAAAUGACGCGAAGGUUUUUAAUUACGGCCGAAUCUAUGGAGCCGGUGUGAAGUUCGCUGCAACUCUCCUUCGUCAAUUCAAUCCAUCCUUGACCGAAAGGGAAACGCAGGCAACUGCAGCCAACCUUUACAAGGAGACCAAGGGAACACGGACAUCCCGACGAAUUCUAAGCGAAACUCCGUUCUGGCGAGGUGGCACCGAAUCUUUCGUUUUCAAUAAGCUCGAAGAAUUCGCAGACCAGGAAAGACCUCGAACCCCCGCAUUGGGUGCUGGUAUUACGGAGGCCCUGAUGCGACGAUUUAUCAACAAGGGAAGCUUCAUGACGUCCCGAAUCAAUUGGGCCAUUCAGUCAUCAGGUGUUGAUUACUUGCAUCUAUUGAUCGUCGGUAUGGACUUUUUGAUCCGGCGAUUUAAUAUCCAUGCACGUCUAGCCAUCACUGUCCACGAUGAAAUCCGAUAUAUGGUCAAGGAUGAAGAUAAAUACCGCGCAGCUAUGGCUCUUCAGAUUGCAAAUCUCUGGACGCGCGCAAUUUUCUCGCAGCAAGUUGGUAUUGACGAUCUACCACAGUCCUGUGCCUAUUUCUCAGCCGUCGACAUCGAUCAUGUGCUCCGGAAAGAGGUUGACAUGGAUUGUAUUACCCCUUCUCAUCCGAACAAGAUUCCUCACGGUGAAACUCUGGAUAUCUCUCAGCUGCUGUCCAAAGAUGAAGCCGCUUUCCUCGAUCCAUCGAUCAUUCCCACGUCUGCUCCCAACCCAGAGCAAUACAAAUAUACGCCACGAGAGUCGGUCAUGUCCGCCCUGCAAGCCUCCAAUGACUUGGCUCUCAUCAAAGCUCAGAUCACGAAAGAUGAUGCCGAACUUCGUGAUAUCAUCAAACAAAAAACUCAACUCUCUGCGUCUAGUCCCAAAUCUACCACCUCACGUUCUUCCCCAAGCAAGAGCCGAGUUAAAACGUCGGGCUGGGCAUCUGCGGAACCUCAACGUGCUGUUCUCAUGGACGUUGAAUCAGGGCUUUAUCCGGAUUUCCGCGACUCCCCUCGCAACUCUUCCCAUACUGGCAAGCAACCCCAAGUGGGUCUCUACCGUUCUCAAUGGAAGCCGCGACCCAGUGCUCGAGCAUAA